AUGGUGCAGGUGCAGGUGCAGGUGCAGGCUGCGAAGGAACAUGUCGGGACGCCCGAGGGCAUGGAAAUGGUGAUUUUUGGACUGCGGCUGCUUCACGUCGAGCUGCUCCAGGUGUGCGAUCGCCUUCUGAUGGUGGAGGGAGGAUUGGAAAUUGUUGAUGUGGGCGCGUGGGCGUGA